AUGGCGGUCGUCGUUACUAAGAAGAAGCCUUUCCUGAGCAACGCCGCGCUUGCGGCUCUGGGGGAAGCAGGAGCAGGGGCUGUAGGAUCCAUAGUCUCGAUCCUCGCGCUCUAUCCCUUGGACACGACCAGGACGAUUCUCCAGGUGAUGAGACUGAGACGCGGAGAGAUCACUGAGAGAGAACGAAAGGUUCGCAUGCCUCCCUACGACAAACCCAUGCCUUUCUUGAAGCUUCUGGUGCACAUCUACCGGACAGAGGGAUGGCAGCGAUUGUACAAAGGACUGCCGUCGGCGCUGUCCGGCUCGGGUCUUUCCUGGGCGCUCUACUUUGCUUGGAACGAGUUGUUCAAGAGAUGGCUCAAGUCACUCAAGCACAAGAAGAACCCUUCCCAGAGCCUGGUGACCAUCAAGCUGACCGCCAUCGAAGAGAUGUUGUCCGCCACGGUUGCGGGGAUCCUGACCACAGUCAUCGUCAAUCCGAUUUGGGUUAUCAACACUCGCCUCAAGAUUGCAGCAAAGAAGGCCUUCGGCAAGAAAGAAAACUCCAACGGCAAGCAUCUCCAGUCUAACGGAACCUCCAACGGGUCAUCGCACCAUCUGGCAAAUGGGUCGUCCAAUGGCACAAAGGAAAAGGGCGGGACGGAGGUCACGAAGAUGCCCACGGCUACUUCACUGACCGAGCUCAUCCGGAACGAGGGCAUCCUUGGCUGGCUCUCUGGUAUCGUUCCUGCCGUAGUCCUGCUCAUCAACCCGGGUAUUCAACUUGCCAUCUACGGAUGGUUCCGCAAGAUGAUUCAGAAAGCAAGGGGUGGGAAAGGACCCAAGCCCUUGGAGGCGUUUGUCAUGGGUGCUGUCUCCAAGUUUUUCGCGGUGCUUCUUACCUUCCCUGCGCAGACCAUCAAACUUCGGAUGCAAGCAGGGCUGAAGGGAGAGCAGGCUAGUCACUACCUCAAGGACUUGAGGAGAGUGAAGAGCUUUUCUGAGCUGAUUGAGGUUAUCACAUCCAUGUGGACAGGUGUUGGCAACAAGAUGGUCACUUCUAUGCUGCAUUCCGCAGUGAUGUUCACCUUUGUUGAGUUGUUUCGUGCCUUCAACAGAGUGAUUGGUAGACGGCGUAAGGCGCUGGCGGCAGCUCAUUGA